AUAUGUCUGGCACUGCGUCUCUAUCAAUCUCUGCCGUAUAUAAAUUUCGACCACAAGAACGCAUUCGGUAGUGACUUCUGCACCUGCCCAGGGCUGACAUCCAAAGACCCUCUCCUCUACAGCAUCUUGCAAUUUUCGAAACAAAGUUUGCAGCAGCAGCAAUGAUUCGGGCAAUCUUCGUCAUCGCCACCUUGUCCUCACUGGUGAGGGGGUCGCCCACCCCCGCGGACCAAGAGGCCUUCGGUCUUCCAGACGACCUCCUGGUGGGCGCGGGGACGGCCGCCAUCCAAACGGAGGGCGCCUGGGACGAGGACGGUAAAGGAGAGAGUCUGAUCGACUACGUUUUCCACACCGGCAAGCUGGAGAGCCACGGCUUUCAGGCUGCGCACACCCAUGACGGAGGGGCGGACUCUUACCACCGUUACAAGGACGACGUCGCGAUGGCCGCUAAGCUGAAGCUACAAAUGUACCGCUUUUCGAUCUCGUGGGCACGGGUUCUACCUGAAGCAGACGCUUCAAAGCCCAAUCCGAAGGGCGUGCAGUUUUAUCACAACCUCAUUGACGAAAUCCACGCGCACAACAUGACACCCCUGGUCACCUUGUACCACUUUGACCAUCCUGCAAUAUUAGAACAAGAAUUUAAGGGCUGGUUGAACAAGAAGAUGGUCGCCAAGUUCCGUGAAUACGCUACAUUUAUCUUCAAAGAGUACGGCCACAAGGUCAAGAUGUGGACGUCGAUAAACGAGCCCAACGUAUACUGCUCAUACUGGCCGAACCUGGAGGUGCAGGCCGAGGUUCUCGAGCCAGAGGAUGCCAAGAAUGUCUACCCUUGCCUCCAUCACUUCAUCCUCGGUCACGGCGAGGCGCACAAGGCGCUGGCGGCGAGUGGCCACGACGGGGUGAUCGGUUUCACGGUGACGACUCUGAACUCGCGGCCAAACUCGACGCGGACGGAGGACGCGUACGCCUCCGAGGCCUUCAACCAGUUCUUCACCGGCAUGCUGCUGCACCCCCUGGUGUUCGGCGACUACCCACCCACCGUCAAGGAGCUCGCCAAGAACAAACUGCCCGUUUUCACAGAGGACGAGAAGGCCAUGAUAAAGAACUCGACGGAUUAUAUUGGCCUAAACGUGUACUACGGCAUGUUGGUGUCUUACCGGGACCCUAAAACCACGCAAAUGGCCGUCGAUAUGCCACUGCGACAGCUCUUCCAGGAGCUCAACUUCGUCAAUGUCGGCUACCGCGACUCCCAGGGUGGCACAAUUGACAAAUUUCCCCUCAACAUGGUAUUUAAUUUGUCGGCUAAACAAUCCUCAUCCCUUUCUCAAUCCCAUCGACAUCAACAUCGCGUUCGUUGUGGACCCUUGCAGAUCGCGCCAGAUGCCAUGAGAAGCGCCUUGGCUUGGACUUGGUUCCAGUACAAGAAGCCCAUCAUCAUCACAGAGAACGGCGUCGGAGACAAAAACAUGGCUGGUGUAGAGGACCACAAGCGAGCUGUGUAUUACAGUGCCUUCUUGCGGUCCAUGGUAUCGGCAGUGAGGGAGUUGGGUGUUCGCGUGAUCGGCUACUGCGCCUGGAGUCUCAUCGACAGUUUCGAGUGGAGCCAGGGUUACGACCGCCCGUUCGGUCUGAUUCACGUCGACUACCAUGGCGGCAGCUACAACCGCAGCCUCAAGGACUCGUCAUCCUUCUGGAUCGAGCUGGCGGACCGGCGGGCCGUCCCGGUCGUGGACAUGCCGUCGUCCGCUCCAGCCCCGACCAGAGCGUGGCUGGUGCUCGUCGCAGCGGCGUCGGCUAGGGUUCUGCUCCAACGGAAAUACUAGUCAGGGCUGCGAGGAGCAAGGGAGCUGUCACUCGAAUCUCAAUAAACUAAAUCAACACAGCCGAUUGUCAAAAACACAAAAAAGAGAAAUUUAUUCAAAUUCCAAACCGAUGCGACUCGCGAUGUAGAAAGACGCGGUGGCGACUCUCCCUAUGCCAGUAGUUACUAUUACAGUAAUUAAUAUUGUUAUAUCUCCCCUUCUUACUAUCUCUAAUAGUCCGAUUAGUCCGUGUGUGUGGGAGCAAAAGAGACCUCAGAACGCGCCGCACCGGGUCGCCGGGUAUCCUGAGCGCAGCGGUAGCUCAGUGGGCUAGGGCGUCGGCGCGCCGGUGCUGGCAGACCAGGCGGUCGUGGGUUCGACUGUCGCUCAAACUGCUUUGAUUUCUCGCUGCACCAGUGGGUACGAGUGAGACGACUCGCACUGCUCACUCGAGCGGCGGCGGAUGGCCGCAGGCAGCUGACUUUCAUUCAAGCAGUUGAUGGAUUUCGCGCCAAAGUGACCGAGACGGAGCUUUGGAUCCGAGAUGCACACAACCGCUCGAAAGAGCGUAAGGAGUGUUACAUACCUCGCCUGUGGCUCGGCGGCGCUGUGAGGUUGAGGGGCCUGCCCUAAGCCGCAACGCGCGAGAGGUGCCACCAGAUGUCGAAGCUAUAGGAGAGUACAUGCCGUGGCCGCGAGUGCGCUUUGGAAGCUCGGAGGACCCACAUCGUGAGCAGCCCGGAUACUUCCCGACCAUAUGAUCACACCUGUCAUGUUAAAAAUUGCCUAGGAACCUUCCUUCACCAUUUUCAGAUUACACCAAAAAACGGCGUGGCGGGGUCAGAAGGGAGUUCGAAGGGAUUUCAUAAAAAAGGGAUUUCAAAGGGAUUUUCAAGUUCCAAAUCCUCUUUUAGUCCCUAAAAACGAGACGGACUCUUUUGGUACUAGAAUGGGACUGAUUAGGGUGUUGCCCUUAUUAGGGCACACAUAAAGGCGAGAUACACGUGCACUUGGGAAUGCUACUUGUUUCUGAAUAGAGCUCUUGAGAACGAGCGUCCACCCGGUGGGAGGGUUGUUCCACAAGAGCGAACGGAUAAGUGGGCACUAUCAAUCACUUGAGCCGGCGUACACUACGUCAUCGCUAAUAAUUCGUCGACUUUCCUUGAGGUUGGAGUAUGACAACCCCGGAUAACAUUGAGUUGCUUACAGGUAGUUGAAGGUUGUAUAAUCAUGGUAACAUUAUUCUAACAAUAAAAUACUAUCAAGUAAA